UGUUGUCGCUCGUGUUUCCGGUGGGGUUUGUUGUUGUCGCUCGUGUUUCCGGUAGUGUUUCCGGUGGGGUCUGUUGUUGUCGCUAGUGUUUCCGGUGCCGCAGCGGAUCACGAUGAGCAAACUGCCGCAGCUCAGCUCCUUCCUGUCGCAGCGGCUCGGCGCGCUGCUCCGGGAUGUGCUGGACGUGGUGGAGGACGCGGUGACCGAGUACCGGGAGGAAGCGGCCAGGACCCGGCGAGAGAACGACAGUCUGCGGCGGCAGCUGCGGGACAUCCUGCUGCUGGAGACCGACACCGAGUGGCUGACUGCUCGAACUUCAACAUGUCUCAGGAACAAUUCGUUCAGAUGCUGUGAUUUUAUCUGGAUGGUCAAAGGGUCCAGGUCCAGUCUUGGUUUGGAGGCUCCUGAGCAGCAGCUCACGGAUCCAGAUCCGAGGCCGCGCUCAGAGGAGCCAGACUCCACCCUGAACCAGCCCAGAGCGCCAGCUCCUCCCUCAGCCAAGCAGCCUCACGAGCACAUCGUGUCUGUGCAGCUGCUGUCCGUCCAGGAUGGGACGCCCCCCGGGAAGAUUCUCCUCCCCAGGAACGAGGACCUCGCUGGAGCCUGGGAGCCAGAGCUGAAGCCCGAUCCUCAGCAGGAGGUGAGCAGCAAGGCGUCACCUCGUCCUCGUCGCUCCACCUUCAAUCCUCCCUCUGCCUCGGCCGCCAAACACCACGCUGAGAUUCCAGCAUACGGAGAAGAGCCACGAGUUCCUGCUGUGAUCAAAACAGAACCUGAGGAGUUCAGAGUGAGUGAAGAUGAAGGUCACACAGAGUCAGUGACAGCGGUGACACACACUCACAUCGCACAGGACGAGGUCACAGACCGGGCGGCGGUGCGUGCAGGUCGACAUGAAGCUCAUCGGAACAAGAAGCCGUCUCAGGAGAGGUUAACGGCUCCAGCCGAUGAGUGUGCGGUAGCUGGUUACACCACCGAGCUCAUUCAUCGCUGCCCCCGCUGUGGCGAGGCGUUUGGCCAGGCAAGCAGUCUCCGCCUCCACCUGGAGCAGAAACAAAAGACCUACGCCUGCGACUGGUGCUGCAAGUCCUUCGCACAGUCGGCGGACCUGCGGCGCCACCUGCGCACGCACACGGGCGAGAGGCCGCACUGCUGCACCUUUUGCUCCAAGAGCUUCAGCCAGCGAGGAAACCUGCGGCGACACCUGAGGAUCCACACGGGCGAGCGGCCGUACAGCUGCCCGUACUGCUGCCGCACCUUCAGCGACGGAGACACCAUGAAGAAACACAAGCGCACACAUUCAGGAGAGAAACCGUACCGCUGCGUCCAGUGCUCCAAAACCUUCACCACCGCCAGCGGCCUGCAGAUUCACUUAAAGAAGGACAUGUGCUUCGUGGCCAACGCCUGAUUGGUCAGGAGAGAGUGAUGCAGCGGGGGGGUAGAAAGCACGCCGCUGAAAAACAAAACCCUCUGUGCACAUGUGAUGUUUCCUGUGGUCUGUAAAUAGACACACAAACACAUCAGUCUUCACUGGUUGGUUUUCUGCCUCCGUCCUGAACCAGAGUCUGUUGGAGACUCGUCUGAUUCGUUGGAAGGACGGGGGUGCACAGAUCAGGCAGCCAAUGAGUGACCAGGAGUCUUUGUUUUGCGUCUGGAGGAGUUGUGCUUCUCGGCAGCUACGCAGUUUUACUGUCUGGUGUUGUUCAUGCCUUUGUGUUAAUUUAUUUUGUAUUUAUUCUGUUCUGUGAAAUAAACCCUGGAGAGGUCGAUUCACUGACGACGCUGCUGUUUCUUCAUUUGGAUUAAAGAGAAAAUUCAGUUUUCAGCUGCAGUCGGACAAAUGUUUAAAAUCACAAUUGAUUUCAGAAUCACGAUAUUAGCACCACUCUGAAGAGACGUCACUGUGAACUGAGAUCUUCUUGGAAUAUCAUCGCUCCGCCCUCAGCUCUGAAUUAUAGAUGUUUUCAUUCAUUUUGACUGAAGAUGUUUCCCCCAAACAAUUCUAAAGUUAAAAGAGGAAAACUUUAGAAACUUUAACUUAUUCACCCACUGAAUGUUUCCACACGCUUCACAUGAACCAGGAUACAGCAGAGUGACCACUAGAGGUCAGCGGUGUCCCUAAUAAAAUGACUCAAUACAGACAGAAUGAGAUGUGU